AUGUUUAGCUCCACUUCAAUCGGAACAAUGAGCAUCUCUGAGGGAGAAGACGAUCCUUGUUCCAGCAUGUAUGACAUGUCGCUCAUCGGAAAUACCUUUGCCGGAAGAGCUGAUGUUCCUGUUGAAAUGUGUCGAGUUUGUGGGAAGCCGGCUGCUGGAAAACAUUAUUCGGUUCCCGCUUGUCAUGGCUGCAAAUCGUUCUUCCGACGAGCGAUCCUUCAUAAAACUAUCUAUCCAGAGUGUAAAUACGACAAACAGUGCUUUUCAAUAGCAUCUCAUACUGUCCGCCCCCGUAAAUGUCGUCAUUGUCGUCUUCAGAAAUGUUACAAAGUUGGAAUGGUAGCCAUGGUGGCUCUUCACCGAAAACACGAUAGUCCUACAAGUUCAGAUGGAGAACUUCCAGACUUGCCGGCUGCUUCACCUAACAUUGCUUCACCAGUCAUCACUUCUCCGCUACCAACACGAGAGAACUAUGUGUCAGGGAUUAUCGAUAAGCUUCACAACCUGGAUAUUCAAACUGACAAAUUUCGAAAAUCAGCUUACAAUCCUCUCUUUAUGCCGAGUCUCGAAGGAAUUUUAUCAUCUACUGGAAAACUAGAUUUAGCCGACAAAUACGGGGCGAUGACUGGUUGGCCGAUUACUCAAGAGAACUUUAUUGAGCAGCAAGUGUUAAUAAAUCAAAUCAAGAACGAAAAUCCAAUUACUAAUAAUUUGUUGUCUUUACCGGUUGCAUUUCCACCAUCGACAUCUAAUUUUGGCAUAAAUACGAAAGAGUGGCUCAGCUUUGAUAUGCUUACUGCCAUAGAGUACGCGAAGACGUUUCCGUUCUUUCAACAACUACCAUCAAAUGAUAAGGCAAGGAGAGAAGUAACACUGGAAAUGAGCUUAAUAACAAACUUUCAGAUUUUGCUAACCAAGGCAACAACAUUCAUGAAUCUUGCCCUCACAUCUUCCUACUCUUCAUUUCUCUCGAAAAUGGCGGUUCUUCAAAUGCCAGAUGGGAUUUGCAUAUCCGGACCAGCAGGACAAUGUGAACGUGAAGUUCGCUCCUUUGAACGGCGUCUCAGCCUUCGGAUCAUGGCCCCUCUUAUCCGAAACGUCUUCGACAAAACUGAAUACGUUCUAUUAAAAGCUAUUAUUUUGUGCAAUGAUGCCGUCACCGAUUUGUCCAAGAGUGCUCAAGAAAUACUGGCUAGAGAACGGUACAAUCUCACUGGGGCUCUUUUGUUAUAUUGUUUAAGUAGACAUGGUUCGAAUGCAGGACCGGGUAGAUACUACAGUAUUCUCAAUAUGGUCGAUGUUCUGGAACAUUAUCAACGGGAUUUUCGUGAUUUCAUGCUUCUUUUGGACAUUGCUACACCUCAAAGAUAUACACAGGAUCGAAAAACGUUGCAGCGUGAAAUUCUAAACUUUUGA